GAGAGAGUUUGAAGCUGACUGGUUCACCCAGCCAAAUUUCUCUCUGAUUGAGGUACGUCAGGAGAGUACCAGCUUUUGCCAUCUGACGCGCUGCUACUCCAAAUGUUUGUACUCAGUCUUUCAUCUUCUGUGUGUUCUGUGGUGCUAUUGGUACAGGUGAUAACAUUUGAUUACCGGUAUGGCUGACAGGAUCAUGGCACAUUUGGGUACAGGAUACCAAGACUUUGAAUUUGUUAAAUAAUACACCACCCUCUAGGUUGUCCCCUUCAAGCCUUCUUUGGCUGCAUUUCCAAAGUUUCUUGUGCAAUUUAAUGCCAUGUAAAGUGGAUCCUUGUAAUAAAUGCACAACAAUCACAUAGAAACUGCUGCAUGGGAGGCUAGACUUUUUUUUGGACUUUCAUGUAGAUCAAUUUUUCUCGUCAACUGACUUCCUGGUUCUCAAAGUGUUUAAGUGAUUGAUCCCUGAAUCCCAUCCCUCAAAAUUGCUGAUUCCCGUGUCCCAUUCACAAUAACAAUCCUACAUCUCACUCCCUUGUUACUCUAAAUUCUUGGAUGCCAGCCUUCAAAUAAGCCAAAUCCUGGAUCCCGAAAAACCUAUUGGGGACCCUCUUUACUGAUGAUAUUUUCCAUGAUCAAAGUUUAAAAGAAGGAAGUCAUUACUGUGACUACCGUAUGUUAUUCUUGUAAAACUUUGAAAACUUCUAAAAUGAAUGAUAUCAUUUGGGUGAAAAUAGAUAAACUUACACCUAACGGUGAGUAAAGACUUCAAUGUAUCAAUUCUGGUUGAGAAAAUCACCAUCCACUGUAAAGGCCCUUUUAAGUUGAGGGAAUGGACUAAGAACAAGCGUUUAUGAUCAGGAUCACAAUUGAUUGUGCAGACCAGCAAAAUUACAGGAUUGAAGUAAAAUUUUAGUAGGGAUUGCAGGACUGAAGAAGCCUAUUGGGGACCCUCUGUGCAUAGAAAGGUAGAGAACCAUCAUCUUUUUGGCAAAAUGGUAAUAGCUUGAUUUCAAGUGCACCCCCUUAGGGCAAGUGAAAGUUUUAGUCUUUGAAAAGUUACAAGUGCCUAUUUACACCAAAUUGCUUGAGAAAUCAUGUUAAUUUGAAGCAAACAGCAAAGUUCCUUUUGUUACUUAGAAUUGAACCCAUUGUUGGUCGCUAAAUGAGUUUAUUUUAUUAUCAUUUUUAUAUUUUAACCCAAGAUAUACCCAGACAAGUUUGCAGAACGAGAGAUGAUGACCCUUCAGGUUUUUUGUCAAGCAAAUAGAGAAAAUGAAUGUCUUUGGAAAGGAAACCUUGGAGAGUUAGAGGAUCACCGAAGUGAGUGUCCAUAUGUUAUGGUUGGCUGCCCUAAUGACUGUGAGAAACAAGUAAAACGGAAAGAUCUCCAGCAACACAUGGCAACAGAAUGUCUGCUCAGGAAAAUCUCCUGUGAUUAUUGUAAUGAGGCAGUUUUAUGGAAUGAAUUGGAGCAACAUUUUGAAAACUGCCCCCAGUAUCCACAACAAUGCAACAUGUGUGAGAAAGAUGGUAUUAAGAGAGGCAAGCCCUUUGGGGAGUUAAUGGGCUGAGGAGAUCAUUGGUCUGUGUAGGCAGGUGAAAAUGACAGUAGACAUCAGUACAAGAUGGAAUACCACUUGGAACGAGUGUGUGUAAAUGUGAGAAUUAAAUGCCCCCUACACACU